AAAAAGACGUGAUUUUAUUGAUUAAAUGAACUUUGCUAAAUGAGCAAAAAUAGUCUCUUUCGCUUUUUGCUCUUCUUUUUGCUUCAAAUGAAAAGACAUUCUACAUCAUCCAGCUCAGAAAGACCUUCAAAAGGCGCAAAGCUAAAUGAAUGUACAGUAGCAUCAACUCAAGAAGUGGAUUAUUCCAGCACAGUAAAUCAAGAAGGUACCUCUUCUUCCUCAAGUAAACCAGGGCCUUCGAAAAAAGAACAACAAAAGAUUGAUAAGCAAAAUGCACUUUUAAAGUUCAAAACAGAGCAAAAGACCCUAGGAGAAGUCAAGUUCCCCUCUUGUGGGUUAACGACACACGCACUAUCAACGAGCAACCUGUGUCCAGACAAGAAAGCAAAAAUCCCUGUAUGCAACUCUGAUGAAAGAGUUGAAAACUUUGUAAUCGAGACUUUCUUACCUAGAAAUGUGGACAAUGUUGUAACUGAGAAGUCAAAACGAAGAGUACAUACGAUAUUGAAGUGUAAACAAAACACUUGCAACAUCGUAUGGAAUCGUGAUAUCAUGACUGCACACAAUAUCUUGGACAUAUUUCUAUUCGCUGCAAGAAACAACAAUCAGCGUCUUGACGUUUUCAUGCGUCAGGUACAUCUGACCAACCUUCCGUAUGACUGA